AUGUUUACUUCACCAACUUUCCAUGAUAAGCCAAAAGAUACCACCUCCUUAAUUGGAGCAUAAAUCAUGCUGGGCUACAAUUCUUCAGGAACACAGACAAGUAUACACAGAGCCAUGAGUGAGGUGUCUGAGAAAAAUCCCACGAGGGAUGCCCUGGUCCAGUUGCGAUGUCACUUCACAUGGGAUUUACCAAGAGGAGACCUUGAUUUACCUGAUUUAGAGGACAGAAUUUUGCAGGAGAUUACAUUCCUGGGCACAAAAUUCAGUGUGGGAAUAUAUAGCACAUUGGCCUAUGUAAAGCACCUAAGAAGACAAAAUGAGGGAGCCUUGGAAAGCUUGAGAAAGGCUGAAGAAUUAAUCCAACAGGACCACGCUGACCAAGCAGAAAUACAAAGCCUUGUGGUCUGGGGAAACUAUGCUUGGAUCUAUUAUCACAUGGGCAGACUCUUAGAAGCUCAGACUUACUUGGACAAGGUAGAAGAAAGUUGCAUGACGCUUUCAAGUUCCUCUCGCUAUAGAGUGGAGCUUCCAGAAAUUGACUGUGAGGAAGGGUGGGCCCUGCUCAAGUUUGGGGGGAGGUAUUAUGAAAAGGCCAGAGACUGUUUCCAAAAGGCCCUUCAAUUAAAGCCAGACAACCCUGAAUUUAACACUGGAUUUGCAAUUGCGGUGUAUCGUCUGGGUGAAUGUUUCCGAGGGGAUCUUCGUACUGUUUCUCUGGAACCCCUAAGACGGGCAGUCAGACUCAAUCCAGAAGAUGCUUAUAUUAAGGCUCUUCUUGCAUUGAGACUUCAGGAACAAAAUCCAGAGGAGGGAGAAAGGUACAUUGAAGAGGCUUUAAAAGCCGGAUCAUCACAGCCCUAUGUCUUUCGCUAUGCAGCCAAAUUUUACCGAACAAAACGCUCCCUAGAGAAAGCCCUUCAUUUCUCCAAACUCGCUUUGCAGGAAAUACCAUCAUCUGCUUUCUUGCAUUACCAGAUGGGACUUUGUUAUAAGGAUCAAAUGAUUAAGAUAAAGAGAACUGUAAAAAACCAGCCUCAAAGGAGAGAACUUCUUGACAGAAUAAUUACAUCAGCCUUGCAUCACUUUAAAAAGGCAAUCGAGUACAAGCCUCGGUUUGUAUUGGCUUAUAUGGAUUUGGCCAAAAUGUAUGCAGAAACUGGUGACUACACAAAUGCAGAAGAAAACUUUCAGAGAGUGUUGCACAUGGAGAAGCUUGAGGAUGUGAGAAAGCAAGAGAUCCACUACAAUUAUGGCCGCUUUCAGGAAUUUCACAGGAGGUCUGAGGAUAAUGCCCUCCAUCACUACUUGGAAGGAUUAAAAGUAGAAAAAGAGACAUAUGUAAGGUCCCUUCUUCUAACUGCUGUGAAGAAGCUAGAUGCAAAGCGACUUCAUCAAAGUAGAGAUGAUAUGUAAUAUUUACUUCGCCUAGAUUUUGUCCGUGAGAAUUGUGAAGCUCAGAGAUGAGAUGCUAGGAAUGAAGAAUCUAUGGAGACUCUGUGACAUGUAGCUGAGUGCAUCAAGUUUGUUUGGGAAAUCUGCCUCGACAGUCAAUCAGUACUUAUUUGUUACAGUAUAUUGCUUUUAAAAGUCUUUGACACAAAAUAGGAUCAGCCAGACUGCAACAUCUGAUACAACUAUACAUAAAAGAAGAAAAUAGAGCCAAAUGUAGUGAAACCUCAGGUAGUCUUGGAGAGGGACACAAAGGCACAUUUUAUAUUCAUUUGUCAUCUGUUAAUUCUCUGCUUCUACCAUAUUAAAUGUUAUGGGUUUAUGUACAAUUUUAUUCCAUAUCUGCUAUAGGUGCUUAAAUAUUUGCAGUUCUGAUAUUUAUUAAGUUUGAACGAAAAAUAAAAAAGAAGUGUGCAAAUAAAUAAGAAUGAAUAUUCA